AUGCAGAAGUCGCGUAGUGUGUAUUCGAUUCAGGUUCCCUCAAAUGAAUUACUUAAUAAGCCCAUUUCAUCAUCUGUACUUCGAAAUGGCCGCCGAGCGCCAACCUCUGCGCUUAACCUGCCGGAUUCCGGAAUCGAUGUGGGUUCUUUCACAGGAAAUGUUAGCGUAAUUCUGUUUGAAUUGCCUAGAGGUACUAUAGUCUACCUCAAAAUGCAGAAAGGGUUGCCUUUCUCAUUGUGCUUAGUACACACUAUUUAUUCUAAUGUCAACUGGACUUGUUCGAAGUGUGAAAACUGCAUUUAGUAAUAAGAAAUAUGUUUUAGGAACUGCAUAUAAAUUUUGCUUUUAAGGAUAGUUCUGCCUUUUUAUCUUAGUAUCCUUUGAGUUUUCUUCAGACCAGAGUUUUACAAUAGUUCUGAUUACGCCUGUAAUCUAAAGAAAUAGUCCGAGUCCUACUAUUUACAAGGUAAAGUUACUAUCUAAGUUAACUGUUGUAGCUGACUCACCGAAUUUAGUGUUAUAAAAUCAGUUCGGUCUAAUGAACGUGGAAAUGUAAACCGCUUAUAAGUAAUUUUUUUAAGCGCGAAAGUUUCCUCCGGGGUAAUCUGUUUAGAAUGAUUUCGAAAACCAUGUAAUUCUGAGUAUCCCCUGUUGAAUACCAGGCUAGGCGUUCUCCGUCCUUGCUAUGCACGACAACUGUCAAACAACUACAAUAUCUGGGCAUUUACCUCGAAGUCAUUCAUUUUCAGAAGGCAUAGUCUUUGCAGACAAUGAUCUCGGGUCUCCCAGUCGGUUUACCAAAAAUAAAAACUUGUCGUGGCUUUAAAUUAGAGUAGAUGUGUCAAGUCAUAAAAUGUCAACCGGAAUUCUGAAAUGCGUUUUAGAAUCAAAAAAUCACACAGGAAGGGUUGUUAUAUUUGUCAUCGUGCGGCAUAGUCUCAAAAUUUUGAGGCUAUUGGACUAUUAAUAGUCAAACUGCUUCUGGAUGCCAGCUUUUGAACGAAUUUUUUCCCAGCCGCCCGCAUAAGCUAAACUGUCAAAAAUUACUACUCAAGUGGUAUGAAUUGUCCUCAUUUGUUUUCCAUACCCUUAUAAAUUAAAGUAUAUUUCAUAUUAAACGCAAAUAAAAAAUAUUCAUUUGCUACUCAUUUGGUAAAAAAUAACGUCUUUUCUAAAUGUUGUACUCUAAGGAAUUGUAUGAUUUUCUUUUAAAAACGCGUCCAAUUCCUGAUUAAUUUUCAACCUGAACUGCCAUUACACUUGCCUUUAGGGCACCCAAGCUACGAGCUUUGUGUUUGCUGUGUAUGGUAAAGCAUAUAUUUCUGUACUAUAGUAAGAGAAGAUCAUAGGGGGUCCGUACAAUUUAGAAGUGGAUCUGAACCACAUUAUAAACUUUACAAACAGCACUAGUAUAUGCAGACACACGAUGCUUUUCGAACGGGCAUUUUACGGUCUUAAGAAAUUUCAUAAUAAGAAACUUUUUUAGAACGAAACUAUAUCCUUACUUCAAGUAUGAAAUUUGGAGAAAACGUAGUUUCCUACCAAAUAGUAAAAGAAUGAAUAUUAUUAUACACGUUUUCUAUGAGAAAUAUUUCAAUUUACAAGGGAAUCAAAAAUUAUUCUGAAAAAGUCAUACUACUUAAGUAAUUACUUUUUAUAGAAUUUUGAUCUCGCGAGCGGUCAAAAAGACGUUCGUUCAAAAGCUGACAUCCAGAAGCAGUUGAGCUAUUAGGGAUUAUGCUGCACGAUGACUAAUAUGACAACUCUACUUAAGUAAUUUUUUUGAGUCGAGAACGCAUUUCAGAUUUCGGUUAAUAUUUCAUGAAUUACCACUUUUACUUAAGAAGUUAUGGCCUGUGUCAGUAUGUCGUUAGGAAAUCGAAAAAGUUUGCCGGCAUAUUUUUUUCUUAAGAAUACUUUGCUGCAAUGAUAUGCAGUUGAAUCUCAAUGACCGGCUUUCAUUCACGUAAUCAGAAAUUAACAUGACAAAUGUUCCUCUUUGAAGCAUUUUGUCCCCGGUACGAAGCUGAAGUAGGCAAGAACGGCAGGAUUUAUUGGUACGAAAACAUUUUGCGACUGCCGUUCUUGCCUACUUCAAAUGUUCCUCUGGCACAUGUGUAACCAGCAGAUAAUAAAUUCCCUGUGUAAUUGACAAAGGAAUUAAAACCUAUGUUAAUUUUGAAAAUUCGUGUUCUCAUUCAGUCUUUAGCAUAAAGAACCUAAAGGCAAUCAAACAAGAACGCUGAAGUUUAGAUGUCACUAUCAUUGUUUCGUCCUGCUUUAUUUUUCACUAAUGACUGUUGGAAUAAAAGUAGGCCUUAAAAACUAACAUUCUAUACGUCAGACACAUAACGCCGAAUUUGUUUGAGCAUAUUCUGAAUAGUUGUGACCAGUAAUGUGGAAUGAAGGUUUUUCCUGUAACGCUACUACAACACUUGGCAAAACAAAGCUACAUCGUUCAACAAAACUGGUUUUUUUCUAUUUCUUUGACUCUGUUUACAUUGUGGCGACUGGCGUACUGUAACCGAUCGAUUACAUUUCAAACACGCGAGAGCUUUUAACGUCGAUUUCUGUUUGCAAGUUAAUAUCCGUUCACUGAAGGGCAAAAGUGAGCUCAAGGAAUACUCUUUGACAUCUUGAUAUUCAAACUUACUACACUACCUGACGGUACUUAUCUUUUUGUCCCCUGGUACGUUUUCAUCAAUAAAAUAUCUUUAAAAGUAGUAUUCCCAACGCGUGCAAAUAAUGGACUUUGAUUUCGGCUAGCAAAUACAGUCCAUAUUGUCCAAACUAUCAGAGUACAAAAAUGAAGUGACAAGCUUGCUUCUUGAAAGAUACUGAUUUUAAAAGAAUAAUUUGUUAGCAGAAACAAAUAUCUAGUCAUAUAUUUUCGAGCAAAAUUACAUAGCACACAGCCUACCUUAUGGAACUGUGCAAGAACAGCCAACUGUCAAUCGGGCUAGACAAAUCAUUCGAAGAUGGACUAGAUUAAUCGGUAAUGCAUAUCCACUAGAGCAUGUCAUCUUACUGGAAUUAGUCGUUCCUGCUUCCCUUUACUUGACUUCCUGCCUGCAGUAUCUACUAGUGCAUGUGUUAACCUGCUGCAUGGACUUAAAAAAUUCGUGCUUGGUAGCUGCCCACAAUGCCAACGCACUUUUAGGCAAUCUUGAACUUGUUUUCUGUGUGAGUGAGACUUCUUGGCAAAACGUUCUUUUUUACUCCUGGUUGAUACUCUUGUUUUCGGAUAGUGCAUUAUACCCAUUCUUGCCCCGUUGCAUUUUCACAAAUUCAUUACGUGGUUUUUUGUAAACUGCGUUUUGACCUAAGAACUGUUAUUUUGGAACACUUCUGUCUACACUAAAAAUAACCCAUCCUCGUGAAAUUUCAAUUCAAAGACGUUAAAUAUUAAUUGUGCACAAGUCGCAAUUCCAACUGCAGUCGCACAACGUACGCAAUAACAACGGAGCUGGAUGUUUGCACGGAAGUCUAUAAUAUAUAUGUAUACAUACAUAUAUUGUAUAUACAACAUUCGUAAGUUGUACGAAAACCAUUGACCAAGAUUAAUGGCCAGGAGGAGGGAUAUUCGCACACACCUCUUGUGUCUAGUUCACUUACUUAAAUGUUUCAUUAGAAGUCAAUAAUCAAUUUCUCAGACGGCUAGGCUGCUUGUUUUUAAUACCUGAAAAAUAUAUAUAUAUUCUGCAGUAUUCUUCUGAGUGGCAUAGUUUUUUUGCAGAUUAUCCUCUAACUAUCAUUAAGAUUUCAAAGUUUACAGUUCUGCCUUAGGAUGAGGUUCCGUGGAUAAAGGGGCGCACAGCAUAGACAGAUUUCCUACACCGAACGACUUAACUGAGCCAAAAUUUUUAUACGUGGGAGGCUGAUUAAAGGUGAUUACAUGUUAGGAUCGUACCAGUGCUUUUUAUACAAAAUAGUGCACAAUUGUAGGCUUAUAUUGAGCAGCAAAAUGGCCGUACGACUGGAGAGCCAAUGCAAAUUUUGUCGGAUUGCUCCACGCUGCUGUAACCAGCAAAGGUCAUUCGAUAGUUUCACUUAAAUAGGAGACAGAACUUGUUGCGCCCCAUCAGGUGAGAUAACCCGAAGUACUAACCAUACGUCGAGCUGUGAUAAGGUACUUAUCUAAAUAUCCUUGAAGUAAACUGGUCGUAAUCUAUUUAUCUCAAAGCACAAACAUUAUUGUGAGUUGUAGUAUCUUUUAGUGAUGAAGUAAGACACUUAACCGGUAUGCAUAGAAAAACCUCUCCCGCACGUUUUAAAAAUCAUAGAAUUUGCCCAGGAUUUGCUAAGUGGUAAUUUUACUGAAGUACAUCAUUGGUAAUUCAUCGGCAUUCAUGCAUCCGGUAAGCAAAAUUUACCGGCAGCGGUUUUUGGCAGGAAUUCAGAUUAUAUUUUUUAACGUGUUACGAUAAGAAAAUAGAUACAUGCCUGUUCAUGCUUUACUGCGUGUCCUCUCCUAGAACCCUUAGUUCCUCCUCUUUCCUGAUAUCGCAUUCAGCAAAAUCCCAAAUGUUAAUUUUUCUAAUUUUUAAACUGAUUUAACUUUAGAUUAUUUCUUAAACCCGAGUUCCAAAAAGCCCACAAUUUGUUUAUAAAAUCAAAAAACUUUUUUGCUUAGAGAGAUGGACACACUGUUUUUUUAGAAAAACCAUCAUAAAUACUCACGAAUUAGGUAUUUACAUCUUCACCUUCCCCGUGAAAAUACAAAUGGGACCCUUCUUUGUCACGUAAAUGCUAAGCACUAGUGGCAGAGCGACGUAUCUAAUAUUUUGGCAUGAGUUAAUAUAGUUCUGAAUCCCAGUAGAAACUGCCGUAACCCCAUUUAUAACCAUGCACAGCUCCACCUAUAGGAGUAUAUCGUAAAAUUAUGCAUUGCCAAAUUUUAUCCGUGAUCAGGUAAAUAAAAGUUUGCUUUUAGUUGACAUUUUUCGAGUCUUUUAUGGCGUCUGGGCUCUAGCAGAUUAUCUAAGGUUCAUACUGUCCCCUAGAAUUAUUUGGGGUACUGCCUAAUUCAUUUACCGACAGGCCCUGCCGACUUCCACAGGCUAUACGCAACCCCAUAUCUGGAGGACGUGACACUUCAAAUUGAGUCCAUUUGCCGCGGAACUUUUGGGUUAAACGAACUGUAACUUUAUCCACUUACCCGCGUCUUCUGAGAUGCUAACGAGAAUUGUUAACGACACGUAGCUGUGAUUUUCACCGAUUUACCUCAACUACAGAAAGUAAUACUAAUAAUUGUGAUGUCUGCGAAUUUACGUGUGCUGCGUCCUUUCGCAAUAAUUAGCAAACAGAAGACCGACACCCUCUGUCCAAACUUUGAGAGGUGAGAAAAGAUGCAGACUUAUGAGCUUUGAAAAUGUGACGAUAAUAUUGACCUUUCAUUCUAUAUUCCGUCUUAGUCGCUGAAAAUGAAUUCAACUUCGGAGACUGCGGACCGGUUGCGAAACUCCGAGCCCUUUGAAUUUAAUCCGCAGCCAUCGCUUGCGCCGCCCAACAAGAGACCGACGUCCAUGCUGAUCUCAAACGAGCAGGGUUUCAUAGAAGGUAGUUUGCACAAAAAUGGAAAGAUAUCACCGCAUGACCAGCUGGUUUCCGACUACAUCCCCACUCGUGAAUCCCCGCGCAGGCAUGAAUUUCGCAGUCCGGCACAUUUUAUGGAUUUUGCAAAAUCCCUUAUAGAGGGUCUUAGGUGCGUACUAUUGCCUCAUUCUUAUCCGUUAUUUUUUCAAUUGCUUUAUUGAUGAACAUGUGUAAACUAUUGAUGUGACAUCAUAAUCCCCCUUUGACUCCCUCUAAAUUUAUUUAUUUCUGAGCAUAUUUAUUUUUGCAAAGUUGUCAAAGAUUAGCAACCAUAAUAAACUAAGAAAAAGAUGUAUCGUGUUUCUCACUAUUAAACCCUCGAAGUCUCCGAAACAGCAUCCUUUACACACCGCAGUCGAGCCGCCACAGCAUCGUUCCAUCGAAAUAUCCAGUGUCAUGGCUGACAGCCAAAGUGUAUAAGUAAACUUUAUACAGGAAAAAUUUAAGUGUCAUUUAUAUAGCUCUCGAUCGCAAAAUUCUAAUUUCCAGGCAAAUUAUAUGCGAUGUAACUCUUGUUUUCCCUUCAUUAAUCAAAUGGCAAUGCUUUCUAGGCUGUACAUCGAAAAGUACGAGAAGCUUAUGCCCUUUUACGCCGACACUAGUUCUCUGGUAUGUCAUCUUUUGUGAAUCCAUAAUCGGCACAUUUUGUUUCCUUUUUUCUGAUUCUACUGGUCUUGUCAGGUUCUCCGUAGGCUUUUUUACCUUUGACACAUGGACGCUAUAUUUACCUCCACUUGUUUCACUUAUGCCUAUUUAAACUUUUUAGCAUGGCCGUAUAAACGCGUUAAAGAAAAAGCUCCGAAUGGUACGUGUUUACCCUAUCAUUCCCUCAAUGCGAAGUUUUCACUGCAGCCUUUUCCUUGACCUCUUAUGCGCUUUGGAGCUCUUUUAUUUUGCCCCGCUUGUGUCAAGUAUAUACGAUGUUGUAUUUUGCUCUAUUUUUCUACAGGUGGCUGUUUCCUAAUGUGGCAGUUUUAUGCCCGUUGUCCUUAUUGUCAGUGAGUUUUUAGCACUCUGACCGCUUUAGGGCGUAUGUGGUUACCGUCCUUUAGGGGGAAAGUGGCAAGAUAGUGGCCCUCUGUCGCCGAUGACAUUGAUGUCGAGCUCUUCAUCUAACUGACUUGUUUCUCAUCACUGCUCUUACGAAUUUUGGUGCGUUCCUGUGGUUCUGUCGUCAAAAAGACAACAAUGAGGCAAAAUUAAGACUUACUGCAUCCUUCGUACUUCAUAUAUUCGAGUGGAAGCUGGGGGACCGAUUUUAAGCAUACUUGCUUACCGAGUCGUUUUUCUACCGAGGUGUGAGGAACCUUAAGGCUGACGGCCUGGACUUGUUUAGUUCAGCUAGGCGACCUUGACAUACACAUGAAAAUUUUUUUGGACUUUGUGCCAAAUGGUGGGCUGCCAAGAUAGUUGAAAAGCCAGAGUGGACAGGGUGAAAUACCGGAUGAAAUUGACGCAUGCCUCAUGCGUUUUGCGCCAAGGAUUCAUACAUUGUUUUUUGAUAAGUUUCACUACUAUCUACCGUUACUGACUGCCUGUUUUGUGAAAUUCUGGGGAGAAGAACUGUUUUCUGACUAGUUAUCAACAAAUGUGAAUAGGCCGUUUCGGAGGAACUGACAACCGUAUGUGCUAAUGGGGUGCAUGUGCGUAGGUCUAACUCAAGGCUAUGUUGUUCAUCUUGAGUAUCUCAAUUACGGGUUUUUUAUAUGUAGAGCCCGUCCUCAGUUCCCUUCCAGUGGGAUGUUUUAAUGCAGGUCCGAUGUGACCCACUCACUGUUAUUUAGAAUCCCGGCCAUGCUGUAUCUGUUUAGGCAGGUUUCUCACCAUAAAGUGGGGGGAGGUACACCGAUCUACCAUGGUUUUGACAGGGCAUCGGGGUAAAGAGAUCCAUUGGCUUGUAUUCAGUGUAUUUUUGGUCGUACCUGUCAGAUGCGUGUGUACUUGCGCAUUCAAAGUUAGGCUUUUUCACGAUUAAGUGUGAAACAAGGCUAUAUUCGAAUGGACAGUUAUCAUGAGUAGCAGUGGGAAGUCCCGAUUUAUUAAGCUGCAAUUUAUCAUGGACAGUCCAACAGCUUGUAGAGAUCCAUAUACUGUGCCGAAGGCUGAAGUGGCCUCGUCUAGCUACGGAUGUAGACGUUCAUAUGUACACUAACGUAGUAGCCACCACGUAGUUUUUAUUUGCCUUUGCAGGUUACCAAACUACUCGAGGAAUACCAAGCCAUUUUGGGUCCCGAUUACGGUAAGUAUCAUAUUUGUCCACUAAAUCGCAAUCGGUCGAACGCUUCAGAGCAUAUCUCGUGGCCCUCCAAAUCUGUCUAUAGCUCCAUAGAUGCGAAUUGCAUAUUGUCUUUUUGUGAGGCUUUGUCGUUAACGCCCUAGGUAGUUUGCUAACCAGAAUAAGCAACAAUUAACCAUAGCAUGUAGAGAAAAAACAGCACCCUACCUCGCUCACCUCUGAUCCUCAAGUUACUCUUUACAAAUGUCCUGUCUGAUCAAUCUAAUCGAGAGCGAGCGAAAUUCUAAGUUUUAACCCUAAUGUUUCACUGCCCGAUUUUCGCCCUAAUAAGGACGAUGGGGGCGUUUUAUGUUAUUGCUUUAAAUGUAGUCGACUGAAUUUGCGGUCCAGGCCUUUAUAGAUUUGUCCAUCUUAGUCUCUUCAUCUAUGAUAUGAGGGUACGGUCUUGGAUUUAAUUUCCCCUGUAUUCUCGUGGCCUGCACGCCAAGCUUUCAUAAUUACCGGGCUUAUGGAUGACUUUCAGUGUGUAAAUUACUAAAAGCGCUUGUCAGAGUAGCCUUCAUCCUUGCAUUCUAGGCGCGCCAAUAGGGGUCGUCAGAUUUGCACCAAGCGACUCAAACAAUGCAUAGUUUUGGUUUCCCACAGAUGUCAGCGUGCUGACCGGUGUCUGUGCCAAGGACAAGAUCUGCAACCAACUGGCUCUUAUAUUAACUCUGAAAAACUGCUUUGAAACUGGUAUAAAUUUCCAAACAUAAGUAGGUAGUCUAGCCUACUUCAGGAAUAUGAAAAGCACUUCCACACAGACCCCGAUUAUUUGCCUGUUUUCAUUCAGUAGUAAAUGUUUAUUCUCAAACUGAAAAUCCACGCUAUUAAUGGGAAACCUGCUGUACGCUUCAGUCGAAAUUGCGUCAUCUCGACACGUGCCCAUCUAUCAGCCCCGCAAGAAGCCGAUUAGCCGCUUUGCUUCAUUCCUCUCCCUCUUCACGGGCGGUGGACAAGGCCGCAAAUUUGGUUCACACAACUUCCUACCGGAGACCAGUAGCAGCAACUCGUCCAUAGCAAAAUGCGCGACGAAAGAUCCCCAACUGUCAGCACAGCACCCCCAAGGGGACCGUCUUCGCAAGAUAGAGGAGCAGGUGGGACGACUAUCCGGCUGCUUCCAACUCUGCGCGGACCCAGCCAUUGGCUCCACUCUCGGUCUCAGCAGCAAGACCUACCUAGUGCACAUUCGACUGCAGCCUCUGGGUAGUGAGCAGUCCUCGGGGAGAUCCCUUACUGGCGCCGUCGCCGGCCGUAGGGACAGCGUCCUCGAGUACCCUGAGGGGAGCUCACCUUCACCGACUGUCACUUCGACGGCCUUCUGUUGGUCCUUCAAAUUCUCUGCAAAUCAGACCGGAUUCUAUGCCUCCACUUCAAUCUUAAACGCCGCAGUGACCGGCUACGUGCCUCCCAACGCGACUUAUGCGCUGAGUGAGACGACACACAACCUCAGCCCAGAACCGUUUACUGCGCUUGUCGCCACAGUAAGUGCUGUGGUGUGCCUUUCCUUCUGA